UAAAACAGUGAUAAAAUACAAUAAAGACUAUAAAAAUUUAAUAUACAGUAUAUUGACUUUAAUUAAUUUAUAAAAUGGUGAUUACCGUUUUAUCUAGCAUAGAUGACUUAACAAACAUGUACAACAAAGUGACCAUGGGCUCUAAUUAUCAUGAUGAUAACACAGACGAUUUGUUGAAUAAAUACUCAAUAAAUGGCAUUAACAACAAAAUCGAGACUCAAACCACGGAAAUUAAAUUAAAAACAGACAAAUUCAAUCACGAUCAUAGCAACUAUAAGAAAGCUCAUAAGGUCAAAAUAAUAUGGUGGCCCAACGUUGUGGGUAUGAUCAUAUUGUACAUGGCCGGUUUAUACGGCUUAUAUCGGGGCAUGUUUUACGCCAAACCAAUCACCAUUCUCUACAUGUAUGUUAUGGCCAUAAUUGCUGGACUGGGUGUACAGUGUGGAGUGCAUCGGCUAUGGUGUCACCGGACAUAUAAGGCCAAUCAUGCCCUACAAUACAUACUGAUGGCAAUGUUUACGCUGGCAUUUCAGGACCAUAUAUACAAGUGGUCACGUGAUCACCGCACCCAUCAUAAGUACUCGGACACCGACGCCGACCCGCACAACAUUAAUCGGGGUUUCUUUUUCUCACACGUGGGCUGGUUUUUAAGCAAAAAGCACCCUGAUGUUAUUAAACAAGGUGCACAUAUUGACAUGACUGAUCUGGACCGGAACCAUCUUGUUCAAUUCCAUCGGCGCCAUUAUAUGAAAUUAGUGGCAAUUAUAUGGGGUGUUAUACCAACUCUAAUACCCUAUUAUUUAUGGGGCGAGACUUUAUGUGACUCUUAUUUUGUGGGCGUAAUGCUCAGGUAUUUAAUUGGCUCAAAUUUUGCCAUGUGCAUUAAUUCUGUGGCACACUAUUGGGGCUACAAGCCGUACGACAGCACUAUAAACCCCACAGAAUGUACUUUAAGGCACCUAAUGGACUAUGGGGCCAGCGAGUACGGUCCUUUUGAAGUAUUUAACCUGGGCACACUAUUUAUUGAUUUUUUUGCAUGGUUGGGCUGGGCGUACGACCUGCGUCGGGCCCCACCCGAGAUGGUUGAUCAACGUAAAAAACGUACCGGCGAUUUGGGCUGGGUCAAAAGUAGUAGGCUCUAUGAAUUGUGCACGGUCGGCUUGUUUUUUGGUGUGUUAGCAUUUCCAUUUGUCAUUGGUUAUUUACUCCGGGGC